CCGACCGCCACGCAGUCUUCCCGCGCGCCACGCGUGUCCCUAGCGUGCCUCCUCCACGCUCCACGUUAUGUUCCCGAACGAACUUAACUAAAUAACUACAAUACCCAAGUGUUCCUAAACAAACAAAUAAACACCUGUGUCAAUUUUGGUGCUCAGUUCAAAGUGACUUACUCGCUACAGCUCUUAUCAUCGACCGACUAGAGUGCUGUAUUAAUUAAUUUUAAACUGUAUGAUUUUUUAUUUCCUUGACAAUUUGUGGACCAGCCAAUAAACGGUUCUUGAAUACCCGGCAUCGUGCGGUGAACUAUGUACCAUCGAAUUGAUUAAAUGCGUCCAGAAAGUUUUGAACCCCUCUUGUCAGCCGCACGUGACUCCAAGAUCAGCGUGUACGCGAUGAAUGAUCAGACAUUUCAUACGCCCUCAUUUGGAGACGAGGAAUUCGACAUCCCAUCCAUCCACGGCCAACACGGGACCAACGGGCACGCACAGUACGCGCAGAUGCACGCGGCCCCACAGGUCAGAAACUACACACAGCUGAUGGUUGGCAUGAUGAACCCAGCUCAAGACGGCUUGUCUCCCCCUGGAGGGGCGCCCUCAUACCAACAACCUCUCUAUUUACAAGAGCCCCACACUCCAGUAACAUCACACAGUGGUGCUGGUGCUCCAGCUGGGAAUUACAUAAUCCAGCAGCAGCCGGGGGGUCAGCAGCGGCUGCUCAUGAUGCAGCCCUCGCAGGUGAUGAGCGGCCCGCCGACGCCCAACACGCCCACGCAGGCCGCGCCGCAGACCGCGCCCACGUACGGGUCCCCGCAGAGAGCCUCCCCGCCCGGCACCACCAGCGAUGACUCUGAUGAUAGUGUUCCCUCACACCAUUCACAGUUGCCUGGUGAUGCGGAAAGCCUUCUGCCUAUCCAUUAUUGCUCAGCGAGCCGGCAGCAACAAACUACGCUUCAUCAGCAAGUGGGAGUAGGAAACAUGACUCUGAAGAGGUCCUCACCAGAACCAAUGGACAAUGGCAUCAACCGUGGACAGAUGCAGAAGAAACCCAAAGUGCAGAAGAAGAAGAAGAAAAGGGAUCCAAAUGAACCACAAAAGCCUGUGUCUGCAUAUGCAUUGUUCUUCAGGGACACUCAAGCUGCUAUCAAAGGACAAAAUCCUAAUGCAAGUUUUGGAGAAGUCUCGAAAAUUGUGGCAUCCAUGUGGGAUGGACUGGACUCUGAACACAAAAGUGUAUACAAGCAAAAAACUGAAGUUGCCAAGAAAGAAUAUCUCAAAGCUUUGGCUGCGUAUAGAGCUAGUUUAGUCUCAAAGGGUGGAGACCAAGAAAACCCAGCCAUGUUCAACCACAAUAACACGGCCAACCCUAACUACGGCAACUAUUACCAAGGCCAGAACUAUGGCAAUGGUCACUCACCCCAGGGCUAUGCACCCAACCAAACCCCGCAAGGAUAUUCACCCCAGAACUACCCGGGGAGCCAAGGAACUCCUGCAUACGGAGGUCAGGGCCACCCCGGCCAGCCCCAGCAGGGUUACCCCGCCAACCCACAGCAGUCCCCACAGAACUACCAGGGAGGACAGAUGACUCAUUCUCCACAAACAUACCAAGCUGUGCCGGGGCAAUCACCACAGAACUACCAGGGUAACCCUGCGACAUCACCUCCAAGCUGCCAAUCCAAUGUUGCCCAGUCUCCGAGGAAUUACCAGAAUGCUCAGUCCCCUCCCAACUAUGGAGGGUCUGGAUUGCCGUCUCCAAGCUACAGACAGAUGCAAUCUCAGUCACCACCCAUGGGUGCUGUCCAUGCCAUGCAGUACCAUCAAGCGCAGCAGCAAAUGCAGCAAUCCCACCAACAGCAAGUCCACCAGUACCAACAACAACAACACCACCAGCAACAGAUGCAGCAACAACAACAACAACAGCAGCAGCAACAAGCCAGCCAGCAGCAGAUGCAGCAACAGACGCAGCAGGCGCCGCAGCAGAUGCAGCAGGCCCCGCAGCAGCAACCCUCGCCCAAGCAGGAGAACAGUCUCGAGCAGCACUCUCCUAACAGCAACGGUAAUCCCGGAAUGCCGCAACAAUCGCCAGAUCAGAACGAAAACAGAAGUCCUACUUCAUGCAUCCGCCAGGGCUGCACCAACCCCGCGGUCGCCAAUAGCGAGUGGGAGGACGAGUACUGCUCCAAUGAGUGCGUCGUGAGCCACUGCAGAGACGUGUUCAGUUCCUGGGUGGCCUCCAACGGCAAUCAAAUACAAAACUUCUCGGCAGUGAAAUAGAUUAUGUAGUGAAACAUAUCCACAAUGUGUAAUGAACUGUUUACAUACAUAAACGUCUAAGUACAUAAUACUUAAUGGCAUAUUUAAGUGCGUUAAUUGUUAUUUAUUAUUGAACUCACCUGCGGGGCUGGGGCUAGCUGCUAUGAGUCGCCAUCUGGCAAUGUGAGUGCGAUAUUUGAGAAUGGUUAAAACUUUGUUUUAUUAUACAGUAUUAUCUUUUGUGUCCUAUCUCGACCUUUUAAGUUUAUGUUAGUUUUAUUUUUGCAAUUAUGGUGUAAAUGUUGUAUCGAUUUAAGUAACAUACUCCUAAGAUAUGUUAAUGCUGUAUUUCUUCCUUGAUAUAAUUAUGUUCGACGUAAACAAAUAUUUCUGACUGAAGUAACUGUAUUUAUUUUUAUGUAAAUUUAGACAUCCUUGCCAUAACUUGACAUGCUUGGCAUCAGUUGAAGAGAUGAUGUGAUUCAGCCAAAACCUUGUUUCUCUAGAUAUAGGUAGGUAUGAUUAAACCUUUGAUUAAAUAAAAAGAUUCUUCCAUUUUUACGUUUAGUAUUUUUCUUGUUUGUUUUCAAUUCCUCGAUGUUUCUUAGAUAAUUUAAUAGUUGUCUGUUAUAUCUCAUUUAGAUAGAAUUAUUAUAAAAAUUCUAGAAAUUUAUAUUGUGUAAAUAGCAACAAAAUGUUGACUCUUUAGGAUUGUAAAAUAUUGCCUUAAAUUUAAACAUUACUUGUAUGUGUAGAUACUAAGUAAACCAGUCUUGCAUCUAGAAUUUGAUUCAUAUAUCUUACUAGAUUAUAACUAUAAGAAUUGAAAAUAAUUCCAAUAAUGUCUGUAAAAGGCAACUACGUAAUGAAUAAUGCAUGUAUGCAUGAAUUCAUCUCAAAUCCUUCGGGUUAAGUGGAAAAUGGUGGACGCCUAAUGGACAUAAUUUCCGUCAGAUACAAGCAUGUAUGGGGUGAUUUUAUGUAGAAAUUAUGAAUGAGUGUUAAAUAAUACGUUUACACUACACGUAUUAUACUUAAAAGUUCAUUCAAUAUAUUUCUCCAACUUUACUAGCUUAAUAAUUGACACUCUUACCUAAGUCCUAUGAGAUAAAGUACUGUAGAAAAUAGAGCAAUAAAAGAUUUUGUAAAAAUCGAACUAAUACAAAAAUAUGAUAGAUAGUUUUAGACUUAUAUUACAAGGCGCUUGACGCCGGCCGUGAAUCUGUAAUUUUUUAAAUAAUUAUAUGCCGUGGGGAGCGCUGUACUAUCGCGGAGACGGCUCACAACCACUUAUUGAAACCUGUGUGAUGUACAGCACCGCACUGAGCACUUUCUAGAUCACCCGAUGCCCGAUAGUACGUCGCCUCUCAACGAGGGUAAACAUUUUUUUGGUGGCCAUGAAAUUGAGCGGUGAAAGACCUAACCCUGUUGACAGACAGCCCUACUAACAUGGCGCUUAAACAUGGCGUAGCGGUUGUGCAUAGUAAAAUAUAUUUUUUUAUCACCUUUGUUGCCUACCAUUACUUAUAAAUACACCCUCACACUCACGUAAUCUAAACGUAGAGUUGGCUAAAAUAUUGUAACUGUUUAAUAUAAAAUUACGUAUCCUAUCUACACUUUCACUUUAGAUACCUAUAAGAUACAAAGUUUAACUAAUACUUCAUAGACCUAACAUAGGUCGUUUGAUAAGAAAAUAAGCAAUAUUUAGGUGUUUUCUCUAGGAUUGUGUUUGAUAUAGGACUUAGCUGGACCAAAAUUAUUUCUCUAUUUGUAAAGCAAGGUAAAUAUUUUAAAUAAAAUAUUAACUAUAUGUUCACUGUAAAUGUAAUGUAAAUAAACACUUGCAAUAAUAGGUAGUAGUGAUGUAGCCAUUAUAAUGAGAUGUUAUAUAGAACAUAGUCUCAUAGAUUAUUGUAGCCACUUCAGGAUCAACUUUUAGUUACGAUUUAAAUGUAAAAUAUUACAGUGUAUAAAAUGUAAUUAGAACAAUAAUUUUAUUAAAUUUCCUAAAUAUUA